CUGAAACGGCGCCCGCUGGUGGAAACCCCGACCCGGCUCUUUAGAUUUUUCCCCAACGAACUCCAGCCGGUCCACAGAGUUUCCAAUUUUGCUCCACAUAUUUAUACUAUAUAUAAUAUUUUGGGUGCGAAAAUACGAUCAAAGCAGUUAAAAGUUUAGCCGACCACCCGUUGGGCCUUUAGCUAAAUUUCCCAAACACUUCCCACCACUCGUAUCGCUCAACCUUUACACACACCUCCCACCACCUCCGUUCGCCUUCGAUCAAGGAGGAGGUCGACGAUUCAAAUUCUUCCGGGCGAUUGAAAGCAGUAUUAAUGGAGUGGGAUAGCAAUUCGGAUCUGAGCACCGAGGAGGAGGAGGACGAGGAAGGGAGCUUGAUUUUCCCCGACGAUGAUGACGUUUCGGGCCCCGGACCUGGUCCGCUUCCGUUCCCAGUCGAGAAUUUGCUCCAAACGGCCCCGUGUGGUUUCGUUGUCACGGACGCUCUUGACCCUGACCAUCCUAUCAUCUACGUGAACACUGUGUUUGAAGUGGUCUCGGGGUACCGUGCCGAGGAGGUUCUUGGUCGCAAUUGCCGGUUUUUGCAAUAUAGAGGGCCAUUUGCAAAAAGAAGGCAUCCACUAGUUGACUCUGCAGUAGUUGCAGAAAUUAAAAGAUGUCUGGAGGAGGGUAUUGAAUUCCAAGGCGAGUUAUUAAACUUUAGGAAAGAUGGAUCUCCAAUGAUGAAUAGAUUGCGCCUGACACCGAUAUAUGGGGAUGAUGAUAUCAUAACCCACGUCAUCGGGAUUCAGUUCUUCACAGAGGCAGACAUUGAUCUAGGUCCAGUGCCUGGCACUUUAAUCAAGGAGUCUGCGAAAUCUUCUGAUCGGUUUCGUUCUUGUCUUUCUGCUUUCCGUCCUUCUGUCCUCCUGGGGGAGCGAAAUAUAUGUCGUGGGGUUUGUGGGAUGUUGCAAUUGAGUGAUGAGGUACUUGCUCUCAAGAUUCUAUCAAAAUUGGCACCUAGAGACAUUGCAUCUAUUGGUUCAGUCUGUAGGCGGCUGUAUGAGCUUUCGAAGAAUGAAGACCUUUGGAGAAUGGUCUGCCAAAAUGCGUGGGGUAGUGAAACAACUCGGGUUUUAGAGGCCGUGCCUGGUGCAAAGAGACUCGGUUGGGGUAGGUUGGCACGGGAGCUGACUACUCUUGAAGCAGCGACAUGGAGAAAGGUGACUGUAGGAGGUUCUGUUGAACCCUCGCGCUGUAAUUUUAGUGCUUGUGCAGUUGGAAAUCGUGUUGUCCUUUUUGGUGGUGAAGGGGUUAAUAUGCAACCGAUGAAUGACACCUUCGUAUUGGAUCUAAACGCCAGUAACCCAGAGUGGCAGCAUGUCCAAGUCAGCUCUCCUCCUCCUGGUCGUUGGGGCCAUACACUAUCUUGUGUGAAUGGGUCCCAUUUGGUGGUAUUUGGAGGCUGUGGAAGGCAGGGCUUGCUGAAUGAUGUUUUCGUACUGGAUUUGGAUGCAAAGCCUCCAACUUGGCGUGAAAUAUCUGGGUUGGCUCCUCCGCUACCAAGAUCAUGGCACAGUUCCUGCACUCUUGAUGGCACCAAGUUGAUAGUUUCAGGUGGUUGUGCAGAUUCUGGAGUACUCCUUAGUGAUACUUUCUUGCUUGAUCUCUCAAUGGAGAAACCUGUCUGGAGAGAGAUACCAGUAGCAUGGAAGCCCCCUUCAAGAUUGGGCCACACCCUGUCCGUAUAUGGUGGUAGAAAAAUUUUGAUGUUUGGGGGCCUGGCCAAAAGUGGUCCACUUCGUUUUCGUUCCAGCGAUGUGUUCACAAUGGAUCUGAGUGAGGAUGAACCGUGUUGGAGGUGUGUUACAGGGAGUGGAAUGCCGGGUUCUGGAAAUCCAGGGGGUAUGGCUCCUCCUCCUAGACUUGAUCACGUAGCUGUGAGCCUUCCAGGUGGGAGAAUACUGAUCUUUGGUGGUUCUGUUGCUGGUCUUCACUCUGCAUCACAACUUUAUCUCUUGGAUCCAACAGAUGAAAAACCUACAUGGAGGAUAUUGAAUGUACCUGGGCGGCCCCCAAGAUUUGCCUGGGGACAUAGUACUUGUGUUGUUGGAGGGACAAGGGCAAUUGUCCUUGGUGGUCAAACUGGAGAAGAGUGGAUGUUAAGUGAACUCCAUGAGCUUUCGUUGGCAAACUCUGUAAUCUGAUUGUGUAUAUGGGAACACGCCAUAACCACAUUAGCCUUAAAGUGCAAGAUUGGGGAUCAUUCUGAAUCAGCUAGGCAGAGAUUGCUGCUUAGCUCUUGACAAAAGUUACUUUAGUUGGGACGUGUUUUGGGUGUUAGUGGUAGUGCACAUUUCUGAUAUGGAAUUGUCCUAGCUCGAGAUGAAGUUUCAAUAAUUUCAUGAGCGACUUGAACCAUGUUUGUUUUUUGUGAGGUUUGUGUGAGACUGCCCUUCAGUACAGACAAUGAAUAAUUUCUUCCUUUGGCAGGUUAGGAGUACAUAGUGGAUAGGUAGGUUUUAUAUAUGUAGGCUUAGUCUUAUUAUGCCUAUGUGUUGUUUUAAUUUUACGUUCUGUAAUUUGAACAAAACGUGAAAAUGAUGCUAUGUUUAUAGUAACGUAUUGCUAGUCCA